UAUGUUAAUGACAUGUGGGUCUUUGGUACUAACCAAGAUCAAGUCAAUAGAACUAGGAAAUUCUUGCUAUCAAAUUUCUUGCUAUAAGGUAACAAGUUUUUUAAAACACUGAAAUAUUUAAGGGCUUGCCAAGCUCACCUGAGUUGGAAUAAGUAUGCACCAGGAGAAUAUUUAUGCCGCUUACAUUCAGAUUUUUUUUUUUGAAAACAAACAAACCGCAUUAAAUUUGAAGAGGAACAAAGUCAGGAGAUAAAUACCAAUGCAUAAUAGAAAUCUGCUCGUAGGCUGCAGCAGCAAGAGAAUGAGCAAAAAAAUUAGACGAUCGAGGAAUAGAACUAAAAGAACAAUAAUUGAAUCCAUGCGUAAGUUUCCCGCAGUCCGAGCUAGGGAUGCCAAUAUAAAAGCAAAUGUCCAGUGAGGGGUUUGCCAUAUUGUGACAUAAGAUUGCACAGUCAGAAAGUACGUGAAUGGAAGACAUCCCACGAAGCUUUAACCAAAUGAGCACCUCUUUUGCAGCAAAUGUCUCCACCAAUAACGGACACAAGAAGCAAGAGAGGGGUCCAUUCACAGCCCCCAAGAAAGCUCCAUUAGAAGAGUAGAGGACAGCACCAAACGUACCUCAACUAGAAGCAUGUGAGAAGCUUGCAUCAACAUAGCAGAUAGGGUAACAACUGAGCAAUGCCCCUCCAAACUAUUGUCGUUGACCGAGGAAAGGAGAAGGAAUUUGGGCUCACAUCCAUCCGCGCCGUGGUGCAAGUGACACGAGGGGUUGGCAAUUUGGUGCCACCCAAAUCCCGUGCAUAACCCCAACAGCGAGCUCCAAUUCCUAAUGGCUCAAUGCACUGCAAACCGCCUGUAACCACUGUGAAAAGUCCAGCCCUGAACCAUUAAGCAACGGCAGUCCAGAUUCACACCACACAUGCACAACGUAGACACAAGUGCCAAGGGAAUGCAUGACACUCUCCACGAACAGUCUGCAAACAGAACAAAAGGGAUCCACAUAAACUUUCCUAGAACCAAUAUUGGUUGUAGUGGGAAGAACAUCCCUAGCGGCUGUCCAGAUAAAGGUCCUCCAUUUAGGAAAGCCAAAACAUAUAAUCAAGUACUAUAUAAACAUUCAGUCAGACAGACAUUAGGAGAUAUUAACAAUGCCUAGACUACGGAGUUUCAACAUUCACAACAAAGUUGACAGACUAAAAACACAUCUAGAUCAAUACAGCUAUGGAAUUCCCGAGUUUCAAGGAGUUGAACUUCCAACUCGUACCACUAAACAGACCAACUGUUCCUACCAUGAAAAUGAUUGAAUGUUUGGGAUAAAAAAUAAUUCAGUUCAUAAGAUUGUUUGAUUAGUUUAAUGAAAUCAGCAGAAAGAGUAAAGUACUAGAAACUUAAAAGCUCAAAUUAAUUGUUAGACGCAUCAACCGAAACGCAUAAAUUCAGAAGAUAAAUCAACAAAACCAAAAAAUAACAGAAAUGAAAUCAACAAGGCGUGCACCACUUUCUAAUGAGGUUCUUUAAGCUUCGAACUCUUCAUCUCCAUAUCAGGCUCUCCAAUGGAUGAUCUGGAAACCACUAUUAGGUAGUGCAUGUACAGGCAAAGAUUGCUAGUCUAAACUUGUGGAGUCCAUAACAUGUAUAGAAAUUAAACACUUUGCAUGGAUUCAAUUGAAACAAGCUUAAUAGAGUUGAAAUUUUGAAAGCAACAAAAGUCGAUGCUGAAGGCAGUAUAAGUUCUAAGUAGAACUUCAAGUUUAAAAACUCAGAAAAAAUCACAUUAUAAAACUUGUUCUACUAGGGAAGUAAGUCCUUUGCAAAACCAUAUGGCCAUAUCACAAUCCUAAUCACAUGAAUCACUAGUUUAAAAGUAAAUAGCAACACCUAUUUGGAAAAAGAUGCAACAUAAAUAAAAAUUAAACAGAGAUUCAUCCAAACGAACAAGAAAAUGCACAGGAAAAAAAACCAAACUUGAAAGGGCAAUGAACUUCAGGUCAGCCACAGUUCAAUGCGCAGGGGUGUAAUUUAGGG